AUGCUCGUUCGUUUAGUAACAGAAAGGACGAAGAACUUGACCUGCGGUCUGAUCUACUUGAGACACGACACGAACAGGGUAGCCGACCAUGAGGCAGCUGUACUGGAUCCAGACCCAUUACUACCAGCUGUCACUGCAGUGGUCGCGGACCUCACAACUGUCUCCCCACAACUGAUGCAGAAAUCUGAAAGAAGGCGUCGUGAAGAUCGCGCGCGACUCGCCAGCAGUAUCUCUACGGACCUAGCGACGGCCACGAAGCCGGCCACAGUUCUCAUUCAUGGAAUUGUUACGAACACGAUGCUGAGCUUCACAUCAUUUCCCCGUGGCGGAACCGACUGCAGUGCCACUAUUCAGGCGGUCUAUACAGGGUAUUCAGAUACGAGUUCCCCCGGUAGGGCAUCUGUCGGGCUCACAUGCAUUUUCGUUGCCACUGUCGUUGCUGGUAGACUCGGUCCUGUUAUUGUGCUGUACCCAAUACCGAGACAUCAAAUUACAAAUGUCAAACUGAAAUACAUGGGUAUCUUCAGGGAAAAAAUAUUCGCUCUAUUAUGUAGUACAUCCCCGGAGUUAGGUCUCUUUCAUUGGAUGGUGGCUCGUCUUGGAGAUGUAUGGGAACGAAAGUCUUUCCUUAACUGGUUGCUUCCUGUUGUCCUACCUUUUGUCGCUCUCCUUACUCUUGCAUAUCUAUAUCCUGGCUUAAACCACCUGCUGAAGCACGUCUAUGGAAAAGAGCUACAAUCCUUGUGGUUUAUCAUCAGGAGGUUGAUCCAGUCUACCGUUUCUCUGGACGCUUUUCUAGCGUUGUUGGUCAUUGCCAUACCUACCACCGAAUCAAUGCGAUUAGUGUACCUUUUCACCACGGUGUCGUUUCUGUUCGCUGGCGUCAUACCAGCCUUAUUCUGUAUAACUUUCCUUCAUGCCGAGCAGUUCGGACACACAUCAAGGCUUUCCGACAUGUUUGGAACCACAGCGGCCAUACAGGAAAGAGGAAGAAUUUUGUUCACGAGCGUCAUACAAGGAGCCUUAUACAGGUCUCCCAUCCUAGAUCCAUCAGGACCAUUGCUCCUUGGCAUGGAAAGGCCCAAGACCACUGCUGCAGAUGGCGAUGAACGUCGUAUUAAUGAUGCAAUAUAG